GCAAAGAGGACUCGGAUUUUGCGCAAAGCCUGUCGGGAUAUCGUUGGCCGGUGGGCGCCAUAUUGGAGUACAACUAUUGUUAUAAAAAGAGACGGGGCUGCUGUUAGCUGAGUUUAUGUUUUCUUCAAGUGUGAUUUAAAAAUAUAAGGUAUUUUCUACGAAGGGUCAUGAAAGAAAUGUCAGCUUCGGGAAAUAAUAUGCUUGGCGGGCAGCAGCCUCAGAAACACUAUGGCAUCACGUCCUCAAUCAGCCUGGCCUUUCCCCGGGAUAUCGACCACCUGUACACUCAGAAACUCAUGGAGGCUAUGAAACCUUUUGGAGUGUUUGAGGAUGAAGAUGAGCUUAAUCACAGGCUUGCAGUUCUUGGUAAACUGAAUUCAUUUGUUAAAGAGUGGAUUGCAGAGAUCAGUGAAUCAAAGAAUCUGCCACCUUCGGCUGUAGCAAACGUUGGGGGGAAAAUCUUUACCUUCGGGUCCUACAGGCUGGGAGUGCACACAAAAGGUGCUGAUAUAGAUGCCUUGUGUGUGGCACCUCGACAUGUUGAAAGGAGUGAUUUUUUUACAUCUUUUUUUGAAAAACUCAAACAGCACGAUGAGAUCAAGGACCUACGGGCUGUAGAAGAUGCAUUUGUACCAGUGAUCAAAUUCAAGUUUGAUGGGAUAGAGAUUGAUCUUCUUUUUGCAAGGCUUGCCCUGCAGUCUAUUCCAGAUAACCUGGACCUUAGAGGAGAUUCUCUGCUCAGAAACCUGGAUAUUCGAUGUAUUCGCAGUUUAAACGGUUGUCGUGUUACCGAUGAAAUCCUGUACUUGGUGCCCAACAAAGAGAACUUCAGACUUACUCUACGGGCCAUCAAACUGUGGGCUAAACGUCGUGGAAUCUACUCUAACAUGCUUGGCUUCCUGGGUGGUGUGUCCUGGGCCAUGCUGGUGGCCAGAACCUGUCAGCUUUACCCAAACGCCGUGGCUGCCACACUUGUGCACAAAUUCUUCCUUGUCUUCUCCAAAUGGGAGUGGCCAAAUCCUGUCCUUUUAAAGCAACCAGAAGACAGUAACUUGAAUCUGCCAGUCUGGGACCCGCGGGUAAACCCAUCAGACAGGUACCAUUUGAUGCCGAUUAUCACACCUGCAUAUCCCCAGCAGAAUUCUACCUACAACGUGUCCACCUCCACCCGCACCAUCAUGAGCGAGGAGUUCAAAUAUGGCCUUACAGUUACAGAUGAAAUCCUUCAGGGUAAGGCCGAGUGGUCCAAGCUGUUCGAGCCACCAAACUUUUUUCAAAAGUACAAACAUUAUAUCGUGCUUACUGCCAGUGCAUCCACUGAGGAGAACCACCUAGAAUGGGUUGGGCUGGUUGAGUCAAAGAUUAGAGUUCUGGUUGGCAAUUUGGAGCGAAAUGAAUACAUCACCCUUGCUCACGUGAAUCCCCAGUCUUUUCCCUGGUCGAAGGAGAGCCGAAAUGACAAUGAGUUUGUUUCGAUGUGGUUCAUUGGAAUAAUAUUCAAAAAGUUGGAGAACGCUGACUGUGUGAACAUUGAUCUGACUUAUGAUAUCCAGUCCUUUACAGACACUGUCUACAGGCAAGCCAGUAACAUUAACAUGCUGAAGGAAGGGAUGACCAUCGAAGCCACACACGUGAGGAAGAAGCAGCUACAUCAAUACCUGCCUGCUGAACUUGUGCACAGGGGCAAGAAGAAGAGCUUGGGAGAUCUAAAUCGCAGUUCAAAUGGUGGUGGGUCUAAACGCUGUUCACUGGAUGGCAGUCAGCUGGACAGUUCCAGAGAUACAGACACAGGCACCCCAUUCAGCUCUCCGACCCCAGUCAUCAAAAGCUGCAAGUCAGCCUCCACACCUGAUGACAGUAGCAUUACCCCACCCAAGCCUUCAGUUCCCAUGUUUGUGGAUAGCUCCCCAUCCUCUGAGUCGUCUCCUCCAAAGAAAGGGCCAGGAAUGUCCAUUCCAGUAAUUGGAGCAAAGACAUCAGUCACCCAGGUGGCCAAGCCCACAGUGCCCAUCGCAGGGAGCACCAUUCCCACUGUGGUGGGCCGAAACGUGAUGCCACGUAUGAGCCCACCCAAAACCAGCUCAUCUGACCUGACCAACGGCCUCAAUGGAGCUGCACCUAAGAGGCCUCACUCGCCUUCACUGGAGGAGCCACACAAGAAACUGAAAGACACAGAACAGCAGGUGUUCUCCGAUGAUUAUACAUUUAAAGAACCAUACCCACCUUCCUCUAAUGGCCAGGAAGCAGGAGAUGGCCCAACAGGGGAGGAUCAUGCAAUUACAAAGCCUAUGCCCAUUCCCACUAUCGAUACAUCAAGGACACAGAGACUACCCAGUAAAGAACUGCCAGAUGCUUCCUCUCCAGUACCUACGAGCAACCUGCGUGUCAUUAAGAACUCAAUCAGACUCACUCUUAACCGAUAACAGUGAGCUCUCCAUAGGUAAUGGUAAAUGUGGCAGCCAUUCCAGGAUUUUUUUUUUUUCUUUUCAUCUUAAUUUACCAUCAUUCAGACUUUCUGCCUGGAGGCUACUUGAGAGAGCCAGACAACUGUGGACAGCGUCAGUGCUUUUAAUUUCAGGCUGCCACAGGUGCUCAUCUGAUCUUCCUUGAGACAUUGUAAAGCAUUCAGUAUAAAGUAUUAGACUAUGGUUUUUUUAUAUAUAUAUAUACUGCCUCAAUGUGUCAAAAAUACUUGCUAAGUGGACACCUAUCGGAGCGUGUUUUGAAAUGUAACUUGUACAGUAGAUGUAGUUUGUAUAUAAUGUCUUUAAAGUCAUUGUUAAUCUUUCUAUACCAUUCUAUUGUAGUUUUUACUAACAAAAAAAAAAGUUUAAAAAAAACGUGUUUUGUGUAAUGGACAGUUUUUGUUUUCUUUCUUUUUUUCUUUCCUUUUUUUUUCUUUUUUUUCCACUUCCCAGUCUUUUGCUAUGACUGUCAUGGUUCUGAAUAGUGUUUAGACCCAGGACGUUUUUUGAAGGCGGAGUGGUAGCUGAUUGGGCCUGCUUUGUCCUAAACAUGACCUAUUUACUGAUAUCAACCCACUGACCUAGCACAUAUGUAUUUACUGCACCUGCAGCAAAGUGUGAAGGCUGAGGUUGGAUGUUGUUUGUAAAGCCAGAGUGGACAGAGCAGGUCAUGUUAGGCUUGUGUUUUGCUGAAAUGGCUUAUAUUAUUGCAGUAUGAACUCAGAGUGAAGUGUGUGUGCGUGUCUGUGUGAGUGAGAGAGAUUUAUUCCCUGACUUUAGGGCUUCACCUCUGCGCCUCCCAUGGAGGUUUCGUUGGCAGCAGCGUAUUACUUUCAGCAAAAAGAGACAAAUGGAGAAAAAUUUUAUUUCUCAGUGCUUUUUUUUUUCCCCCCCAUCCACAAACCACUGCUCUCCCCAUAUAUAUGUACAGUUUAAAAAAAAAAAAAAAAAAAUAUGAAAAACGAGGCUACUCAUUUGGGGUUUCUUCACCUUUUAUUUAUUUGCUUAUUUGUACCGAAUAACUUUUAUAUUGCAGGCAUUGCAGUUUGAGAUUUCUUCAAACCUCAUUUCCACAUACAGGUUUUGACAUUUCAUGGUGAACUUGUUUUGGGGAAAAUACAAACUAUAUAUACACACGUGUCCUUUUUUUUUUUUUUUUUUUU